AUGCCUCCAAAACGAAAAGGGAGGAAAUUUGGGCCAAAGUCUGAAGCGGCACCACAUGUCACUAAUCCAGUCGUUCAAAAGACUUCCAAAAGGUCCACAAAAGCGUCCACACGUCGCCGCAGUACCAGGGCUGGUCUCAGAUCAGAAGCUUCCACUGAUUACACUCAACCUCUUGACAACCCUGACUCGGUGUUUCGUAGACGUCGCAAAUUUCAGAAGGCCCAAGAACAAGAACAACUUCCAGAUCAGCCCAAAAACCAAUCAGGGGAUAGCGUUGGAGGGAUUGUACAGAGUGUAGAAACCACGCUACUGGAAGUCAAUCGGCGUCUUGAAUACGAAAUCGCCUAUGAACACUCUGAUGAGGUACCUUCGCCCGGACAACCAGAAACAGAUCCAGAGCAAUUAUCUUACCGCAAGUGGGGCAACUUGCCACCAUUCGACGAGGAAGUGUUGGCUGUCAUAGAAGCAAUCAUUGCAGAUCCAGGCAUGGCAAAUACUUUUGAAAGAACAGGCCCCCAACAUGACAAAUUCCCUGAGGGGCUUGAACAUCGAAAUGUCUUUCUGGAGGCAAGCACAAUCUCUGAUCCAUACAAGGAACAUGUUCACCAGCUUGAAUCAAAGGAGUUUGUUUCGGAAACCGCCGAGGAGAGGGCUUCUAGUGAGCAACUCUGGAGAUCAGAUCAAGCUAAAUGCAUCGACGGAUCCAACGAGGCGCUUUUCCAGCGCACAGUAAUGAUGACAAUGAUUGCGCGUCAUCGUCUGGUGCAUGAUCAUGAUAGAGACACCGACAUUCGAAACUGUCUCGACUACAGCGUCGAAGAGAGCUGGACAUGUCCGCCCAUGCCCACCCGAGCGUACAGGAGGGGUAUGCCCUUCUUGACACAGCCCAAGCCCGACCUUGCCUGGAGGGAGAUGCCGACUGCCACACGGCGUCUCGCCUGCUUCGAGAAGGAUGGGAUGGUAGGGAGGUCAAGGGUCUUUCAUUUCUUCACGAUUGAGGCCAAGAAGGCAUCGACUUCGACCGGGAACAUGGUGGGACAGCUUCAGAGUCUGAACAACGCAAGUCAGGCCCUACAUAACAUGUUCGAAUUCUUCCGAGACGCCGGCGAGUAUCACGAGAAGGCGUUCUUCGACAAGGUGAGAUUCUUUUCUGCUGUGGCCAGUACCGAGGGUCUCAUUAUUCGCAUCCACCGAGCGACUCGAGAGCCUUCAGAUGGCUCUGGUAUAGGUCUCAUCAUGAAGGACAGGCCAGAAUAUCCAUUGAGAUUCGAAUACCAAGAAUUUGCCAGGAUCCAAGGGAACGAAUUUGAGCGGAUAACAGUCCUUGAGCUGCCCGAGAAAAUCUUGCUCCGAUACGGAGCAGAUGAGCUCCAUCCGUUGCUUAAAGGUGCCGCUGCAGCCAUAAUGGAAAGAUUGGGUAAACAUCCUGAGGAACUAGCAUUAAGAGAUGACGUUGGACAACCCCAUCAGUACAAGACAUGCUAUUUUGACGGACGAAAAUCUAGAGCAAGCAUGGGGCUACCCAGCCGACCUGUAUCGGAGGCAAACGUGUCGGUCGACAUGCUGCAGAAUGGUGCGACAACACCAACACAGGCCACACAUUCCACUCAGGGCCAGCCUUUAGUACCAGCACAGCCAUCGAACGGGACGGGGAAACGAAGUAGGGAAGUUCUAUGGGUGGUGCGCCUGCUAGGAGCACUCGCCCGCGAAUACAAUGAAGUGACCCCUGCAGACAUUUGCGGGACCGCUACUAUUCUUCAUGUUACGAAUAAAGCGAAUCGAAAUGAGUAUACGGUUCGUUGUACUCGGACGACUGUCGCGAUGCAGCCUCACAGUAUAUCUUUACAAAGAACGCGUAUGGUCAUUGUGUACAAUGAUGCUGGGACGGGCUCUCAGCGACAGCAUGCAACCUUUUUCUUCUUCUCUCUUUUGGUUGGGUGGAGGGGGCCGUUCAAUACAAGCGGGAAUGGAGACGAGUUUGCAUCAUCGGUGUUUUCUAGAAAGGACGGUUAA